GUUAGCUUUCAAUCAUGCUGAAGUGACAGAUCUCCGGGGAAUGAAAUUUAACAAUGGUAUUAUAUAUACAGUAAAACAAGUCAAUCUGCCACCACAAGGCGAUAUUCUCAGGAUAGUUAAACAAAAACCAGAAGCUCAGACAAUUUCUGCAAAACUUACUGCGACGAAUUUCCGAGAAGAAUUACGUCAACAUGCACCAAAUGUUCUAUUUCUUGCACCAAUCGAUAUGGGCUGGAAGACUAGAGAUGUUGAAAAUAGUUACACAGAAGAACAAACUCGAAAGCUUUUACAAUUACAUACUAUACCACAUGAAUUUUUCGGUGGGAAUGAUGGUUUUAUUGAACGUGGAAGUGUUCUUGAAGUUGAAUCACUACUAUCCUCUGAUACGCCAGGAAAUAAAGUGAAAUUAUUGAUUAAACGUACUCCAGAUGGAAAUACAUUUAUUGGUCAUAAAGACUUACAAGAAAAUCUAUGGUCUAUGGUGCUGGAUUGGAAUCGAGUUGGAGAAGACGGUGUAGUCUGGUUCAUAGAUUGGCCAAUGAGAUGUCCAGAACGAUUGUGUUAAUAUUAUAUGAACAUAGUACCUAGAAAAUUAUUAUGAUUAACAUUACUAAUAGUUUAUCGAAAACUCAGUUUUUGUUAAACCAUUUCUUAUUUCUCCGAAAAUGAAACAAACAAACGACAAUAUUAUUAAAAAAUCUUAGGAUAUUAGUUGGGUUUACUUGAAACUGAAAUACAAAUAUUUUAAGGAACA